AUGGCCAUCCUGCGUGACACAUCUGUGAUUAAGUCCCUACUGCUGCUGAUGUUGGGGCUCACUGUCCUGAGGGUGGUGGCAGCAAGGAAAAUCCCCAAAGCAGAGGCAACUACCCUGCAAACACCUGAGAAUUGCCCCUCUCUAGAGAAGAACACUGUGAUGCUUGACAUUCGCAUCCUCAAUAAAAACCAGGGAAGUCCCAUUUUACCAAAUAUCAGCAACCGUUCCACUUCCCCCUGGUAUUACAACAUCACCCAGGACCUGAAUCGCUUUCCAUCUUCAAUUGCAGAGGCCCAGUGCAGGUCCUCCAGCUGCAUUGAUGCCAAUGGGAAACCAAACAAUUUCAUGAACUCUGUUCCUAUCCAACAAGAGAUCCUGCUUCUGCAGAGGGAGCCCCAGGGCUGCUUCCCCUUCCAGUUGGAGAAGAUAUGGGUGACUGUUGGCUGCACCUGUGUUACCCCCCUUGUCCACCAUGCAGACUGA